GGCUUCUUCAAGAAUUAUCAGCAUGUCAAAAUUUAAGAUAGAUCUCAAAUUGGUGACAGAUAUCGCCCUCUUUGUGGGUGCAUCCAUAUCGGCAUAUUAUAUGAUGAAUCAUCUAUUGAGUCAAGAAGGACCUGCAGCUAAGUCAUCAGACACUAAGAAGAAGGCAAAUGCUUCUCUACAAAGGCUUAAGCAGCUGAAUCCAGACUUGAAAUUGGAUUUGAAUGAUUAUGAAAAUGCAGUUUUGGCGUCUGUCGUGACACCUUUUGAAAUAGAUGUUAAAUUUAAUGAUAUUGGAGGACUAGAAACAAUAAUAGAUGAAUUAAGAGAAAGUAUUCUAUAUCCAUUGACAGUACCUGAACUAUUUACUCAUUCAUCAUUACUACAAGCUCCAAAAGGUGUAUUAUUAUAUGGCCCACCAGGGUGUGGUAAAACCAUGCUUGCCAAAGCCUUAGCAAAAGAAAGUGGUGCAAAUUUCAUAUCUAUUCGUAUGUCCUCAAUAAUGGAUAAAUGGUAUGGUGAAUCAAACAAGAUGGUUGAUGCAAUCUUCUCAUUAGCUGAAAAAUUACAACCUUGUAUUAUAUUCAUUGAUGAAAUUGAUUCAUUCCUCAGGGAAAGACAAUCAAUGGAUCAUGAAGUGACUGCGAUGUUGAAAGCUGAAUUUAUGACAUUAUGGGAUGGGUUAACUUCAAGUGGUAGAAUAUUGGUGUUGGGUGCUACAAAUAGACCAAAUGAUAUAGAUUCUGCAUUCAUGAGAAGAAUGCCAAAGAGGUUCUCGGUAAGUUUACCAAAUAUUGAACAAAGAACACGUAUUUUGAAAAUAUUGUUGAAAGAUUCAGAGCUUGAUAAAAGGGAAUUUGAUCUUGAUAAAUUGGUUUAUCAAACAGAUGGGUUGAGUGGGUCAGAUUUGAAAGAAUUAUGUAGGGAUGCUGCUAUGAAUUCAAUGAGAGAAUACAUUAAAUACAAUUUCAAAAAUGGUAAAAAGAUUACAGAGGGGGAUAUUCAAGUGAGACCUUUGAAGAAUUCGGAUUUUGUUUCAACUUUGAAUAAUACAAUAAAAUCAACUUCAACUUCAGGAUUUCUCGAACCGUCAGCAUUAGGUUAA